UCCGCUGGAUAUCAGCGCUCUUGUUUUGUUCCAGAAAAGCUGCUGCCUUUUUUUUUCUUGUCCUUUUUUUUAGGGGAAUUAAAAGCGUGGAAGGUUUUUGUCUCUUCUCGGUGUCGUUUUAUUGUCAUCGACAUGAAGAAACGCGGAAUAAAGCAUCCAAAGUGGCUGAAGGACUGAAUAGGAUUGCCUCCUGCUCUCUCUCCACUACACACCAGCACGUUUGGAAGCUGAGCUGAGAUGGCCAAGUGGCUGAAAGACUACUUGAGCUUUGGCAGCAGGAAGGUGCCUCCACAGCCUCCCACACCAGACUACACCGAGAGCGAGAUCCUCAAAGCGUACCGACUCCAGAGGGACCUGGACUUUGAAGAUCCCUAUGAGGACUCUGAGAACAGAUCCAGGGGCGAGUCUGGGGCUUCUGAACCUGCCACACCGGUGUAUGGGUCUCCCAUGAAGUCAUCCAAUCUGGAUGUGAAGUCUCCUAAACACAGACUGAUCAAAGUGGACUCUCAGGAGCUGGGGCGCACCAAGAUCCUCCUCAGUGCCAUCUCUUUAGAGGACCAACAAGAGCCUGUGGUGCCCUCUGCUCCGCUGGCAGGGGACACAGAUUAUUCUGACCCAUUCGAUGCUCGACUGGACCACCGGCCGGAGCCAGAUCACGGACCUGUUCCCUGUGAGAACAACGGCUACAUGGAGCCGUAUGAGGCCCAGAGGGUCAUAACAGAGCUGCAGCGUGGCCCAGGAGGAGGACGGGUGCGUGGCGGGGUGCAGCUCUACGACACCCCCUAUGAAGAUGAGCGAGGCCAGCGUCUGGGCAUGAUGUAUGGAGAACCUCAGGAAGAGGGCAAGGAGAGCAGCAGGCUGCCGCAAGAUGAUGAGAGACCGGCCGAUGAGUAUGACCAACCCUGGGAAUGGAAAAAGGACCAUAUCUCCAAAGCUUUUGCAGAAAUGAGGGAGUUGUCGGAGUUGCCCUGGCCUGCCCCGGUGGGUCAGCUGGAGGAGGAGCCCCCCGUCAGAGAGCAAGUGCAGUUUGACGGCGCAGAGUGGGACUGCUCCUCGUCACCCACAGAGCGGUUGCGUCCUCCGGGGCCCAGGUCCAGCCCGCUGGCAGGUGGGGGGGUGAAGUUUCGAAUGCCGCAGGAAGGCCUUUCGAUGGUGGGGGAGAGAGUGGACCCUACGCUGCCUCUGGAGAAGCAGGUAUGGUACCACGGAUCACUGUCUCGUUCUGAGGCAGAGUCGCUGCUAACCCUGUGUAAAGAGUGUAGCUACCUGGUGAGGAACAGUCAGACCAACCGCUCCGACUACUCCCUGUCUCUACGGAGCUGCCAGGGUUUCAUGCACAUGAAGUUCACUCAGUGUAAAGACGGCAAGUACGUGCUGGGACAGAACAGCCCUCCCUUUGACACCAUCCCAGAGGUGAUAAACUUCUACACCACACACAAACUCCCGAUCCGAGGUGCUGAGCACCUGUCCCUGCUGUUCCCUGUGCUGGUGCAGACACUCUGACUGACCCGGACACUUUCAUUGUGCUCGGACACUUAAAACUUGAAUGUUUGACGGGAUCUUCCCAGCGGAGGGCCAGUGUUCUCCUGGACUACUUUUGAUGACUCAACACACCACAGGGCUAAUGUCCUCACCCGCCACUGCUGUUGUACCUGUGCCAAGUGUCUCUAACAUCCGGGGGGAUCGAUUCACAUGAAAUGCAAUACCUGAACUUUAGGCCACCUUUGCUGUAACUCCUCUCUCUCAUCUUCUUGCUGAACCAAGGGGGAUAACGUCAGGGCAUCUGAAAUUCUCCCUUUCCAUUACAUUUCUCUCACAGCUGACUGAAGUGCAGAGUAAGUUAGUAGAACUGGAGACAGGAAGAAGUCUGUAUGUUCUGAACCAAACUCCAGUUUACAGAAGAUCUGCAGAGGAUUGAGAUUACAUUACUGCUGUUCCACAAAAUAACACCUCAUCAACACUGGUCAAUAUUGCUGUUGUCAGGUGAAAACCUUGCAAGUUAUAUUUUGCAGAUUUUCCAUGUUUAUACCAGAAUCAAUAAAUUGAAUUGUACUGUAUAGGGUGAGAAACCUUUGUCAUCCUUAGGGUUCAGAAAACCCUUUUGUAAAUGUUCAAAAAAAAGAAAAAAAACCCUGCUAUUUUUGAAGAUAAAAGGUUUUUACCAACAACAGUGAUAUUUCAGAUGCUUUUCUACAGAAAACUACACCUGUUAAUUUUCACCCGGUCUGUUCUGUGCUGUCAUGCUGCUGUAUGUUGAGGAUUUGCUUGACACAUCUCCACGCUACUUGUUGAUUGUCCAUCGUAAGCAACAGAGAAGCUGUGUUGUAUCGGUACUUGCUGUUGUAUUGGACCUUGCUGAACUGUGUCUCUUGUUGGUUGCCGAAAUAGCAUUUCGUAGACAAUGCUGGAUUUAUUUAAAAAAAAAAAAAAAAAAGUAACCUGUCACUGCCGUCAUUGUCUGUCUUUUCCCUGAAAGGAUAAGUUUGGAGGCUGAGCUGCAGGCUACAUCUGAUGCUAAUCAAGAGACGCUGGACACUCUCAAACAAACUCUUAUACUCUGUGAACGUUGGCCACGUUCUCACACUUCCUACAUUCUUCAUCACAGAUUUUUUCUCCUGGCCAAGUCCUUACAUUCUGGUUGGUGAGUUUGUAUUUGAGUUGCACGCUUGCCAUCUGGAAUGGGUUUUCAUGUCUGCUGCCUGGUUACAGGGUUACGUGGCAAUAACUGAUUUUAGAUUAGAGCCAAUUUCUACCAGACACAUUUUUGAGCAUUGGAAAUGACAAAUGGAAAAAUGAUUUAAAUCAUUGUUUCUUAAUCCAAACGUCUGUAUUGCCUGUGCGGCAUUGAUUAUUAUUGUUAUGGCCAUUUUCUGUUGAUAG